AUGGGGCACGCCGUACACCAGUUCAAGGCUCUGUUUUGGAAAAAUUGGCUCUGCCGUGUGAGGCAACCGGUCCUCUCUCUCACWGAAAUACUGUGGCCAUGUGUGCUUUUCUUGAUUCUAGCUGCCRUCCGCUUCCAGGAGCCCCCAAAAUACAAGGAAAACUGUUACUUAGAAGCUCGUGAUUUACCAAGCCGGGGCCUUUAUCCUUUCAUGCGGACCCUUUUCUGUAACGUUGGUUCAAAAUGCAGGAAUACCAGUUACACAACACAGAGACAGAGCCGCUUUGGUGCAAGCCCCCAAAGUGGUCCAGAGAGAGCCACUGGACCUGAUCUAGACUUCAUGGAAGAGAUAGAAGAACUUGCAAAGGAAUUUAUUGAUACUACAGAGAAAGCCAUGGCCUUAGAAAAGCUAUGGGAGGAAAAUUCAAGGCUCUCAGGGCUCCAUAAUAUCACCACUUUUCUUACUAUGGAUUUGAAUGAAGCAGAGAAAAUUAUUUCUAGAGCAGAAAAUCUGUACAAGCAACCAUAUUUCUGGAACCUUCUACAUUCACUCCCUCAUCUUGAAUGGAACAGCUUUUAUACAGAAGAUGAAUUAGCUAUCAUAACACAAUUUCUACAAGUUAUUCAAAAUACSUUAGCAUCAUKGAAAGAUUUAGCUAUGAUGCCACUKGGCCAAAGUUUCUAUGAAGUGAUGAAAACAGCCCUGAAUUUAACUGCUGCAUCAGUACAGGAUAGGCACUUAGAAGGUUUUCAAUACAAUCUUUCUCUCCGGGAUGUUUUGUGGAAUCCUCUCACUGUGAAAAGAGAACUUGAAUCCAGGUUUGGUUUUGAUGGUCCUCAUGUUGAGAAGCUGCUAAGUUAUACAGCACAAUUAACAAAGAUUCCCACCACAGAGACACUGGAGCAGUUUGUGUGCUCUGCUCUGGCUCUUGUGCCAGAAGAUGAAGCAAACAAAGAGAAUAAUGGAGAGGACUGUAAUUCUGCACGGCAGGAAGCCAAACUGUAUCUUGUUCAUGCUGUCAGCAAGCUCAGACUCUAUGCACAGAUAUUUGAGCAAUGGCUCAGCAGCAGCAGUCUCUCUCAGAAUCUCCUYCUGGAAAUUAGAAGAAUCAUGGUUGAGUUAAUGUCUCAGCUUCUAGAUGACAGGGAAGCCAGAAAACUUUUUUCAGAGAUAAAUACCCUGAUGCAGCAAUGGAAUGAGAAAUCAGAUGCUUAUUUUUCAGAAGGAUAUGUUUCAUCUCAUGAUUGGAUUUUGACAUCUUUCAAAGAGUUUUUGAAGACAGAGGAAAAUGUAAGGAUUUCUGGAGAAAAGAAAAUGGAUCAUCUUUUUCAUCUUGUAAAACUCAUAGAAGAAAUUAUGUUUGAUUUCUCAGAUUCUUUGAACAAGUCCCUAAUUAAAAAUGCCUUGAAUAAUGUAAUUAUAUCGAUAAAAAAUUUUGCUGAGGGGAAGGAAUUUGUCACCAAUUUCUCACUUGCAGUUUCUGAACUCCAUAAUCAACUUCAAAAAAAUUUCCAGCGUCAUCAGAGGUUCUGGCCAGAAAAGAAGACAGAACUUUUCUGGCAUAUAGUGGAAAUUUUAUUCCAUGAACUUGAUUCUAGGCUUUCUCACUUGAGUCAAGUAGAAAAGGAAGAGGUAAUUGUGACCUUAUCUAGAGUWUUAUCUUUUAUGACAGAAAAUAAAAUCUAUAAUAGGAGUAGUGUGUUGCUCAAAAAUAUCCUGACUGAAUGGCCAGAGUUAAAUAUUACUGCUUUGAACCAUUUAAAACAUUUAAGUGGCUAUUUCCAAAGAAAGCUCUAUGAAGYUGGAUCAUUGCCUGGUGAUCACGUCAAUGUGUCUUUUAGUGCAAUUCCUGGAGUGAGUAAUAACUCCUCUUUAUUUCUCUCAAAUGCAACUUUUAUGUAUAAGGUACAAGAAUUAGGAGAAAUUGUGCACGAUUUCCUCAGAAAUAUCCAAAAAUUAAACAGUACUAGUGUUGCCUCACUUAUUCCAAAAAUUCUCACUCUGUACCAAAACGAUGAUCUGGUUUCAAAUAUUAAGACCAAUAAUACUCUAUUAAGRCUUCUUUAUGAGACUUCAAAAAGUAUGUCAUCUUUUCCAGUGUGGCAUGACUUGCACAAUAAGGAACUAGUUUUURAUUUUCUGUUUGAAACUUUUGAUCWUCUCUGGAACCUYACCAGUAAGUCUCUCUGUGAAAAGUUACUAUUCAUUUACAACUUCACYGAGUUUCAAGCCCAGUUUCUUGCACAGAAUGGAAAAAAAGAAAUACAAGUUGUCUAUGACAUUCUGAGCAGCCUUAAAACUUUAUUUAUAGAUGAAGAGCUCCAAACAGCUGUCUUAUGUUAUUUGGAAGAGUUUUUUGAUUUGCCUCCAGAAUGCCUGGUAAAUAAUGGAUGUGCUGAUUUUUAUCUAGAAAACACGACUUCUGUAGAGGUUCAUUCAGCAGAGGUUUAUAACUUACUUCUGCUUCCAUUGGACAGUGUCUUGUCUAAUGUAAUAAACGGGGGAGAUAAGGUAAAUGUGCCUUCUGCUUUGCACUGCACUUUUACAUGGCUUCAAAUAUGGACAGAGAUUUUUGAAGAAGCAUCACAAAUCUUAAAUUUGAAUUCAACCUGUUUUGUCUGUCUAAGGAAUGAUUUGGCAUAUCUCUCUGAAAGCCUUUUAAACGCAACUCAUGGUGAACUGUGCAAUAAUACAGCUAUGGCURUUAUUGAAGCUACAAGAGCAGCAAUGAAGCUAUUAAAAGCUGUGUUUCAAGAAGGUGGCAAUUUAAAUGACUUGAAAGAUUUUGAGGCUUUCUUUGUUAAUCUUCAAAGUGUACUUAACAAUGCAUUUGAUGUCACAAACACACUUAAAGAUAGCAGUUUGGAGAGUGUUUUAGAGACAAUGGGAGUCGUGAUAACCAAAUUGCAGAAAUCUYUACUGAAGAUUGUUAAUGAAGAGUUUUUGAAUUCUUGGCUUGAUGCUUUCAUCUCAGGAGGAUCUGAGGGAGAAGAUAAGGGUUCUGGUGUAUUUYCCAUUGGAAAGUCCCUUUCUACUAUUCUCAAGCUCUCUCAAAAGGAACUAGAAAUUAUUCUCACUGAGAUAAAUGACACAUUUGCUUUUUUAAAAAGUGUGCCUCAAGACAAAUAUAUGGUUUGUACCAGCAUUUUCCAGAAUAUUACCAAACUAAUUUUAAACAAUACUCUGAAAGACUUAAGCUACUUGCAAACAAAUUUUUCAUCUCAUCUUGACUCCUUUCUAGACUUUCAUAGUACAAUGGAUGAAGCAGAGGAGUGUAAUACAUGGAUAYAUGGAUUAAGUAAUCUCACUGAAAAAUACCAGUCACCUUCCCACCCUGAAAGUGCAAAACAUGUUUUAUUUCUUCUGCAAUCUCUGGGAAAUGCUGAGACAGAUGUUAAGCUAAUGAAUGUGAUGGAGUUUGUUAAUUUGGUUUUUAAUUUGACACUCCCUGAAUGUUCCCUAGGUGGCUCUGAUGUGAUUUGUGUAAGUGUUUAUUUCAAUAUCAUAGCAAAAACUUUGGAAUUUGUUCUCCCUGAAUUUUAUGUAAAAGAUGACAUUAGUGUGCUUGAAUUUAUGUUUAAACUUCUAAAUAAUUCUGGAGGACGAAUACAAAUGGUUAUCAGUGAUUUAAUUGGGAGCUCAUUGUAUAUGUUAAACAAGACCCAUUUUAGUGAGUCAAUCCAUAGUUUUAACAGGACUUCAAGAAUGCUCCUUAAUCCUUUUCACCACAUUCAUCUUUUAUCAGUGGAACUUUUGUYAGAAAUUCAAAAUCUUCUGAAAAAUAAAACUUUUGGAGUCCAAGAAAACAGUUCCUCUCAUUUGGAUGAUGAGACUGAACCUUUCUUACAUGGGGAAGACAUCAGUUUGCUGAUGGAGAUCUUUCAGGAUAUUACUAGAAAACUUGACUCAAACUUGCAGAAUGAACACAAAACAUUUCCUCAGAAACUGAUAGAAACAGCAAGUCUGAAUAUUGAACUGGUAAACAAGGCACUUGAAAUUUUCCAGUCUCCUAAUUUUACUGUCUUUCCAMUAAGAGAUGAAAAGGUGUUUCUAAAGCAUAUGGCAGCCUUAGURCAAAACAUGAGAAACAUGGAUGUUGAGUUUUUGAUAAGUAGAUUCAAACAGGUCCAGGAGAACCUAAAAAAUUUCUUUAAAAAUAUCAACCCUUUUUCUGUUGAGAACWCUGAAUUAGGUACUUUAACAGACUGGUGGGAUGCAUUUGAGAACAUUUCGUGUUAUUGGAAUCUGACUGGUAUAUGGCAAAUCACACAGCUUUUUGAACAAGAUGAACUCUAUGAUAUAGAAGAUGUGUUCGACCUCUUCUUUGAUGUCAUCAGCCUUACAGAAAGAGUGGCUCAUGGAAACAUUACAGAAGCACUAACUGAAAUGUAUGCUUUCAUACUGACUCARGAAGAAAAAAUGCCAUUGUUAACUGAUGAGGAGUUCUCUAACCAUGUAGAAGAUCUUCUAAUGUUAUUGGAGACACUGGCAGACAACUCUGAUGAAUCUGGAGAAAUCUCUGUUUGUUUUACUGUGGCAUUCUGCUGGAGUUUCACAACAGCAACUCCUCGCAGUGACUCCACUGUUGAUCCUUGUGACUUUGAGCAUAACAAUUCUACUCUUCAUUACGAUGUAUUCAUUGACCUCAUUAAGGCGCUUAACCUCAUCACUCCGGAUGACAGUUUCGCUUGCUCUAUGGAAGACUUUCMGACAAAUAUCACUCACAAUCUGACUUGCUUUUUUCAUCAGAUCAAAGAAUGGAACUCAAUACUUUUGAAGUUUUUUGAACUCCAUCAUGUAAAUAGCUCCRUUCUUCAAGAGCUGGUAGAUUUUUGGAAUGAGCUAUCCUUAUAUGUUGUGCCACUGCAUGUGAAUAGUACACAUGCAAUCAAUUGUUCGUACACACCAAAGAGCCAAAUGGCUUUACARAUCAUAGAAACACUGGGCAACAUUUCAGUGGCAGAAAUGGAGACAGCCAAAAGUCUUUUUGAACAGCUGGAAAAUCUUUAUGGUGGCCUAAGUUGGAACAGACAGUCAAGAGCAUCACUUAAAAGUGUUCUUACUGAUGUUAAGAAUAUGACAAGUGAAGUUUCUAGACUUCUGAAUACCAAAGCUGUUCUUUCUUUUCUUUCUGCAAUUCAGCCUUUAAUGACACUGUCAGAUAUUGGAAACCAGACACACUCAAUGCUUAUGACAAUAUCAGCUUUAAGUGGGAACUUGAGUAUAUCUGACAACUUUAAGAACUUCUGGUUUCCUGUAAAUAAAAAUUAUUCUAAAAUAAUGCAUGCAUUAUUUCUCCUUGUGACUAAUGAAAGUUCAUCAAAUGACCUACUUCUGGCUGUCAAAGACCUCAUUGACUUUCUGGAGCUGUUCCAAAAUAACUCUAAGAAAGACUACACUGGUAUGUUGUUUGGUGAAGAUCAUCUUAGCAAAGAGAAAUUGAAUAAUACCCAUGCUGCUAAUUUAGUUUUGCUAAACAGCAUCCUUCGUGUAAUUGCUGAUCUUUAUAUUACAGAAGACAUUUUGWAUACAAACAGUACUGAGCUUCAUAUAGUUGAUUUCAUUGAUUCAUUUUUUUAUAAUGCAACAUAUAGAGAAACUUCYACUCCAUCCCAAAACAGAACUCUGAAGAUCAUGCAGGAGAUUUUGCAAGUAAUACUUCAGUCUACUGCAGAACAUGACAGGAAUAAAAUAAAACUCUUACUAAAGGAUUUGCAUAAAGAUGUAAUGGCAGAAAUGAGAGCAUCAAAAAUCUGCAAGAUUCUUCAGGAACAUUUAUACCCUGAUAGUGUUGUACUGUUGCAGAAACUGCAAUUUACYGUUUUGAAUAUUCUCAAAGUCUUUUCAGAAGAACCCGUUGUCUUUGGCAACAUUUUCUGUGCCAUUGCAAAGUGUGAAGAUGGAUUAACGAGUCAGUUGCUUCUCGCUGUCUUUGAAGGGAUUGCUGUGGUUCGAGAUCAUUAUCAGGAUGUUGGAAGAUAUUGGCCUGCUUUCAGCAAGGGGGAUUGUGAGAGUAUGKCAUAUAUAAACCAAAAACUUUCCAAUAUCUUGGAGAGCUUCRUGCGAGCCUUGCAGAAUGCCAGCARUGACAGCUGUGAAUGCCAGCUAAUGCUGGGGAACAUCCAGAGACGGCUACAAAUGGUGACUGAAAAUUUGGAGCUACAAUUGACAGAAAAUCCAGCRGCAGCUUUCCUCAGCAACUUGAAUCUUGUGAAUGAUGUUAAAGUCAAAGAUUUUGUGCAGAAUAUUACUCAGUUGAGGCUGGACAUUGGUUCUUCUGUCAAUAUUUCUGAAGAAACUGUCAAUGCCCUCUUGGAAGCCAGUGUCCCWCGUUCUGAGUUUUUUUACAGUGCCUUUGUGGUAGCUCUAACUGGAAGAUGUGAUGAAGAAGUACUUAGCCUGCUGCUAAAGCUACCUGAAAACAGUAAAACUUCACUGGUGGUGGAAGAAUUAUGUUCUUUACCAGCACURGACUUGUAUACCAUGUUUGUGUUGAUUAUACAAAAUUUGAAUGUACGUCACAUCAUUUACAAGGUCCAGAUACCACCUGAGAUAGGCAAUGUAUUAAAUAUGCUACUGGAUGUGGUUUCUAGUAUCAGUUCACUUCUCAAUAAAGUCCACCAUGUCAUGGAAAARCUUCCAGCAUUCCUGCAAGGAAUUCAAAACAUUGGUGUGCUUGACAUUUCCUUGUUGCAGCAGUUUUUGCAAGGUGGGCAGUUCAGAAGUUCAGCUGUUGGAUCCCUGGAGUCCGUAAUCAAGGCAGUGUGUAAAGAAGAAUCUUCAUUUUUCAGCAAUGCAAACCUGUUCGUAGACAUGCCCAGAAUCAUGGGACUUUUGGAGGACAAUAUGGCAAAAUAUGGCAUUCCUGAAGACUCGACUCCUUUUUGCUUGAAACUUUAUCAGGAGAUUUUGCAGGCUCCUAAUGGGGCUUUGCUGUGGACUUUCCUGAAACCUUUAUUACAUGGGAAGAUACUGUACAAUUCAAACAUCAACAUGAUUGACCUGGUGAUGGAGAAGGCUAAUUUCACUUUUGGUUUUGUGGAAAACUUGAAGACUUAUUCUGAGACAUGGCUUAGGAUGUCUGAGGUUUUCAAAACCAGUGGAAAUGUUCUCACAGUCUCCCGACUGCAGGAAGCACUGCAGMACAAUUUCAUAAAGCAUUUCAUAGAAAGUAAUUUGGAUAUCAACAUGGAAAAACUCCUUAAAAAAAUGCAAGCAUAUGAAACUAUGAUGAACAAGAUGCUUAACAGCUCAGCAAGUAAACAGAUUGACCUGUUGACACAGCUUGUAGUAAAUAUCUCUUCCUGUGUGUUACUGGACCGUUUCCAGCCUUUUGACUCUAUUGAGAAAUUGGAGGAGAAGGCUCAUGUACUCAUGCAGGAAAAUAAUCUUUUGGCUAGUAUUAUCUUCCUUCCGCCAAAGGACAAGAAGCAAAAUUCUAGCAAUCUUCUUCCAAAACACAUUUCAUAUACAAUUAGAACCAGCGUUCUCUACAGCAUGAGAACAGAUUUGAUUAAAAAUCCAACAUGGAAAUCCCAUCCCCACAAGUUGCCAGCUGAUGGGUUCAAAUACAACCAUGUCUUUAUUCCUCUUCAAGACAUGAUUGACAGGGCAAUUAUUUCAGCACAGACUGGGACAGACACCUCAGAAACAGCAAUUCAGGUGCAAGCCAUGCCUUACCCUUGUCAUACAAGUGAUCUAUUCUUGAACAACAUAGGGUUUUUUUUCCCACUUAUGAUGAUGUUAACAUGGAUGGUUUCAGUUGCUGGUAUGGUUCGCAAGCUGGUUUAUGAAAGAGAAAUUCAUCUUGAAGAGUACAUGAAGACAAUGGGUGUGUAUCCAGCCAUUCAUUUCUUUGCUUGGUUUUUGGAGAAUGUCAUUGUGCUCACAGUAAGCAGCUGUGCUCUGGCCAUCAUUUUAAAAACAAGUGGUAUCUUUGCUUAUAGCAAUGGCUUCCUUAUCUUCCUUUUCCUCCUGGAAUUUGGAGUUACCGUUAUCAUGUUAAGCUAUUUUUUGGGAGCGUUUUUUAGCAGUGCUGAUACAGCAGCUCUGUGUGCCAGCCUUGUCUAUAUGAUCAGCUUUUUACCCUACAUAGUUUUGUUGGUCCUGCAGAACCAGCUGAGUUUCACCAGCCAGAUUAUAAUGUGUCUUCUUUCUACAACUGCCUUUGGGCAAGGAAUAUUUUUCAUUACAUAUUUUGAGGGUCAAGAAAUAGGAAUACAGUGGAAUAAUGUGCACCAGUCAAUGGCACAAGGAGGAUACAUGACCUUUGGAUGGAUGUGCUGGAUGAUGUUCUUUGACUCCAUUUUAUAUUAUGUAGGUGGCUGGUAUUUCAGCAAUAUUAUUCYUGGCAAGUUCGGAUUAAAGAACCGAUGGUACUUUCCCUUUACCGUUUCCUACUGGAAGAACCUGUGUGGUGCAGACAGAAUCAAGAGACAUUAUCUGAAUUCUAAUAUGUUUUUCUUCAAUGAAAACUUCCAAGAAAAAGACCCAGCAUCUCAGGGYUGGAAAGGCCCUUGCACUGAAGAAGCCACCAUUGGUGUCAUGCUGCUGUCCCUCACCAAAGAGCAUGUGAAUGGUCAGAAGGCUGCUGUUAAAGAUCUCAACCUCACUUUCCAUAGGGGUCAGAUAACAGCACUCUUGGGACCUAACGGAGCUGGCAAGACAACAGUUAUAUCCCUGUUGACUGGUCUKUAUCCACCGAGCUCUGGUACGAUUAUUGUUAAUGGGAAGGACAUCCGGACUGAGCUGGCUGCCAUCAGGACAGAGYUGGGUGUGUGCCCGCAGUACGAUGUCCUGUUCAGCACACUGACAGUGCGAGAGCACCUCCUGCUCUAUGGGUCAGUGAAGGCACCUGCAUGGACCAAAGAGCAGUUGAAUGAGCAAGUCACUGGAGCUCUGGAAGAUGUGGAUUUAUCCCAGCAUCAGUACAAACCUGUUGGAGCCCUUUCUGGGGGAAUGAAAAGGAGGUUGUCAAUUGCCAUCUCCUUUAUUGGAAACUCAAAGACAGUUGUUCUGGAUGAGCCCACCAGUGGAGUAGAUCCGUGUUCUCGCCGUAGUAUCUGGGAUGUUCUUCUGAAGUACAAAGCUGGUUGCACACUAAUCUUUACCACUCACCAUCUUGACGAGGCCGAGGUGCUCAGUGAUCGCAUUGCCAUCCUGCAACGUGGCCAGCUGAGGUGCUGUGGUUCUCCCUCUUAUCUGAGGGAGACAUAUGGCCAGGGACACAGUCUAACWCUCAUAAAAAAGCCCUCUGUGUUUGAAAUCCAGGACCCUAAGCACAUUGUUCAGGUCACWUCUCUGGUACAGACCCACAUCCCAGAAGCCUUUUUGAAAGAGAACAGUGGAACUGAGCUGACCUAUGUGAUUCCAGAAAAGGCAGAUAAAACCKCUUUUAAAGGUCUUUUUCAAGCUUUAGAUGAAAGCCUUCAGCAUCUACAUGUGACUGGCUAUGGCAUUUCUGACACAACUUUGGAAGAGGUGUUUCUGAAGCUGCUCCAGGACUCAGAGAAAAUGCCCUAUGUUCCACGGGCAGCACAACUGGACCAUACAAAURGUGCUGAAUCAGUCUAUGUUUCACUUGCCGGGGCCUCAACUGUGCGUGGAGCCCGCCUUGUUCUCACGCAGAUUGUUGCCCUUCUGAUGAAGAGGUUUCAGCACACGAGGCGAGACUGGAGAGGAAGCCUGUCAAAUGUGCUCCUGCCCGUCCUCUUUGUUGCACUGGCGAUGGCCUUGUUUAGUGUGAAGCCGCUGGCUAUUGAUUACCCUUCUCUCAAGCUGACACCAAGACUUUAUGACAAUGCAGAAUCAUUCUUUAGCGCUGAUGAUGACAGCCCAGGAAACCUUUCUCAAGUUCUGCUGGGAUAUUUCUCUGAUUGGGACCACUCAUGCACAAAUUCGCAACAUGGAAAAAAUAAUUCAUGCUGGCAGACAGAAUCUACAUCAUCCCAGGAUUCAUGCAGAUGUGUGUCUGAACAGGAGAUGUGCACAAGUUUCAAUACCUCUGCUCUCUAUGUGAAGAAUAAGRAAGGACAUAUUUUGUACAAUCUUUCAGGGUUCCCWGUGGAAGARUAUUUAGUGAGGCCUUCCAACAAAACAAGAUAUGGUGGUUGGUCUUUUGGAGAGAGGAAAGCAUUUGAACUUCAAGAGAAAAAAUUGAAUAACACCAAAUCUCAGCCUCUGGCUAAGGUGUGGUAUAACCAAAAAGGUUUCCAUUCACUGCCAUCUUACUUAAAUGAACUCAAUAACCUCAUUCUGUGGCUGAAUUURCCUCCUAAUGUGGAUUGGAGACAGUAUGGGAUAACACUCUACAGCCAACCAUAUGGAGGAGCCUUGUUGGAUGAGGACAAAAUAAUGGAGAAUGUUCGUCAGUGUGGGGUAGCACUGUGUAUCAUGCUGGGUUUCUCUAUCCUUACUGCCUCCAUUGGAAGUGCCAUAGUGAAAGACAGAGYAUCUGGGACAAAACGCUUGCAGCACAUCACAGGCCUGGGUUACACAACUUACUGGUUUGCAAACUUCUGCUUUGAUAUGCUAUUUUACAUGGUUCCAGUCACCCUGUGUGUUGGUGUUAUUAGUGCCUUCCAGCUAUCAGCCUUCACUUUCCAAAAGAACUUGGCAGCCACUGUUCUCCUGCUGAUACUCUUUGGAUAUGCAACUGUACCUUGGAUGUAUCUUGCAUCCAGAUUCUUCUCAAGUUCCGAUGUAGCUUUUAUUUCUUACAUCUCCUUAAAUUUUGUAUUUGGCCUGUGUACCAUGCUUGUGACUCUGUUACCUCGCUUGUUAGCUAUAAUUUCCAAAGUGCAGAGUUUUCAGAACAUCUACAAUAUCCUCAAAUGGGCAUUCAUCAUAUUCCCACAAUUCUGCCUAGGCCAGGGUUUAAUAGAGCUUUCAUACAACCAGAUCAAGUUUGACCUGACCAGGAACUUUGGAAUAGAUUCAUAUGUGAGCCCCUUUGAGAUGGAUUUCCUGGGCUGGAUUUUUGUGGAAAUGGCCCUUCAGGGAACGCUACUGCUUCUUUUACGUCUUUUUCUUCACUGGGAUCUCCUCCAGAAACCAAGGGGUCAUUGCUCAGYUGACAACAUGGACAGCCCCUCGGAAGAUGCUGAUGUAGAAAUGGAGCGACAGCGACUCUUUGGUGGAAGAACUGGUAAUGAUGUCCUACUUCUGUACAACCUGAGGAAGUGUUAUGGAGGUUUCAGUAAGAAGAACACUGCAGUGGAAAAUAUAAGCUUGGGCAUACCAAGGGGAGAGUGUUUUGGACUCCUGGGAACAAAUGGAGCUGGGAAAAGCACAACAUUUAAGAUGCUGACUGGAGAUAUCAUCCCAUCUGCAGGACGUGCUGUUAUCAGGACUCCUACUGGGUCUGAAAUGGAUAUMCUGUCUGCUAGCUCUGAAGGUAUUCUCAUUGGAUAUUGUCCACAGCAAGAUGCCCUUGAUGAACUUUUAACAGGCUGGGAGCAUCUUUAUUAUUACUGCACAUUACGUGGAAUUCCAAAGSAGGACAUCCAUAAGGUGUCAGAGGACCUUGUUAACCGGUUACACCUCAASGCUCAUGCUGACAAACUGGUGAGAACCUACAGCGCAGGCACAAAGAGGAAGCUCUCUACUGCUGUGGCUUUAGUUGGUAAACCUCAAAUCCUUCUGCUGGAUGAGCCCAGCUCUGGGAUGGAUCCCUGCUCUAAACGCUACCUUUGGAAAACCAUCCUAAAGGAAGUUCAGGAUGGCUGUGCAGCUGUGCUGACAUCCCACAGCAUGGAAGAAUGUGAAGCUCUCUGCACACGGCUUGCUAUCAUGGUCAAUGGAGCUUUCAAGUGCCUUGGUUCUCCCCAGCACAUUAAAAACAGGUUUGGAGAUGGUUAUUCUGUCAAGGUUUGGCUUAGCAAAGAAAUAAGUUAUCAAACAAUGAUUUUGGWCUGUCUACAACUGCACUUUCCUGGAACACAGUUUAAGGGACAACAUCUUAACUUGCUCGAAUACCAUGUACCACGGAGUCAGGGAUGCUUAGCAGAGCUCUUCAGAGUCCUAGAGAAUCACAAAGCUUUUCUUCAAAUCAAACACUAUUCUAUCAGCCAAACCACAUUAGAGCAGGUAUUCAUUAAUUUUGCUACACAGCACCAAGGAGUCUCCCAUUCCUCACAAGGACCUCCUGUGGUUCAUUAUGAUCAUCUCCCAGUCUAGGCUCAGAUCGGGAUACAGCUUCUACAUAACACGUGUGUGUGUUCAUGUGUGUGUUUGCACAUAGAUACAUGCAAGUUACAUGCAAUAACUUUUUAGCUGUGAAAAAUUCAUGUAUGAGAAACAAAUAGUAGUAGAGGUGAGUUUUCAUCUGUAGGCCAGAAGGAAUGGUACUAGUCCUUGGUUAAUUAAGAAAUUGAUUAUAUGUGCACCAAAAAUCUGCCAGAAAGUAAUGCUUUUUAAAUUUAACAGAAAUUGUAAAAUACAAAUGGACUAAUUAUUGCAGAGAAAAAAAAGGCUGAUAUGAAAUGUCAGUGCAUAGUAGAUUUUUUUUUUUUGGUGGCUCUGCAUUCAUUUGGCUACAGUACUUUCUUGCAUGCACACAAUAUCUAAUUUUUACAUGAUAAGGSAAGAAAAAACAAUUGAAUGGUAGCAAUAGCUUGGCUAUCACCCAAUUUUUUUAUUUAAUCACAUAAAUUGAGAGCCUUUUGACUUCCCUAUUAAUUUAGUUCUGUGUUGUGACAAGCUAAAUUAGCCUUUUUAUUGUAUAAAGGAUGCACUGUAUUCCAUAAGGCUUUAUGUUAAAGAUGUUAUUAGUGUACUAGCCUAGUCUGCCUCCCAGUUAUCUUAAGURAAUUUAACAAGUUUUCAUAAAUCAUACUUGACAAUAAGCUUUCCCCUAAGCCUGCAGGUUGCUGCUGGAAGUAUUUUAAAGUACAUUUUUAAUGACCUAUUUUGUUUUUCUUAUCUGUUUCCUUUUUUUCCCCCCGAAAAUAACGUCAAAAUGCUAUUUACUGGGAAUAUUAAAGGAAAAUAARAUAAACAUUGAGACAAUGAUCAAUAAGCUUCUCAAUAAAUAUAUUAUGACGCUAGAUACUUCAGACAAGAUCACAGUCUUUAGCCUAUACUUGGGUAAAAUAAGUGAAUAUUUAAUGAAUAAAAACAUCUUGAAUAUUGUGUUUGGAGA